AAUCCAAAGGAUCGUUUUUUUUAAUAUCAAACUUUAUUUGUUGUUGUUUUGAGAUCAGGUGCUAAAUGCUCAUUGGUUUUCGGAAGGUGCAAACGAGUGGAUGUGGAAGUGAUUAACGUUUUCAUCAGUUGUUGAAUAUCUGUUGAGGAAAAGAAUCUGCAUCGAUGGAUCAUGCGCUGUGGAAAUUGACUUUGCUGCUAGCGAUUAUGUCUUCAGCAUAUGCAGGUUUCGAUCCAAGCAUUGUUCACUACCUCAGAACGCGGCAGAUAAGCGAUCGGGAUCUUCUGAGAAGUUAUCCGAAUGGCGCAUUCGACGAUAGGAAUCCACAUACUGAUCCAUAUAAUCAACAAUAUAAAGACUAUGUAAAUGAGCUCAUUCGAUUCGAUGAUUGGGCCACGGGUCACUCACAUGUGAGGGGGCCUCAGGAUGUUCUACCGGAUGAUGAGUUCAAUGAUCCUCACCCUCAGGUAGAUCCCAAUAAUCAGCAGUACAAGAAUUACGUCAAUGAAUUGAUUCGAUUCGACGAUUGGGCAACUGGACAUGGGCAUGUUAGAGGACCUCAGGAUGUGUUACCGGAUGAUGAGUUCAACGAUCCCAAGCCUGUGAUUCCCCCAAACCAAGCUUAUAACGACUAUGUAAAAGAGCUAACACGAUUCGAUGCUUGGGUAACCGGUCAGAAGGUCCCAAUACCAGCUGAUCCUUUGACUGAUGCCCAACAUCAGGACAUAGGAACUUCGGACGAAGACGAUACCAGCAAAUUGAAUGUGCAUCCUUCUCAGGCUUCACUGCCGGAAGAUGAAGUUGUGCCAUUUACCGAUAAACCCGGUCCUCAGCCUGCCAGUAGCAAAAUCCAGCAAACAGUGGUACCUUUCAAUGAUCAAUCGCCAUCACACUCUCCUAACCAAGCCUAUAAGGAUUAUGUCAAUGAGCUAACCAGGUUUGAUGGUUACGUAACGGGAGAUUACGUGCACAUCCCAGCAGAUACGAAGACUGACGCCCUACAUCAGGUUUUCCGCCGCUCUACAAUCAGCCCCGAUGAACAUUUUGGGGAGUCCAUCAGCGACAGUACGCCCGCUAAUCCGGCCAACAACCCAGAUUACAACAGUUUCGUCGGAGAACUCAAGCGCUUCGACCCUUGGGUAACCGGUCACAAAGUGGACAUCCCACACGAUCCGGCCACCGAUGCUCUGCACCAAAUAACCCGGAGAUCCCUCGGCAGCAGACGUUGAGGAAAGUUCGUAUCAAGUAAUGAGCCCAGAAGGAUGAUGACUAGGAGGAUGACCGACUGAGUGGAAAUAUGAACCGACCAACAACCGCGAGGGGGUGUUAAUCAAAAUGGCAUUGAAAUUGCGCAGAUGGGGUUGAGUAACAGAAAACCGCAACUCCCCAGAAAGUUUCGGAAAGACGAUGACCAAAGCGCGAUGACACUGGUGCUAGAUGAUGUUGAUGAUGAUAAAGUGUGACAGUAAACGAAUGUGAAGAGGUAAUGUGUGAAAUUCGAGUCUUUCUGGAAACAUUAUGUAUGCAACCAAUAAAGCAAUGUACAUAUUUGA